AUGGGUGGCGUAGCUGGUGCAGAGACGACGAAGAAGGCUCUACGGGCCACCGCCAGCGACGGCGACAGCGCGUCGGUGCCUCCGGUGGAGCAGCAGCAGCAGCAGCCGGCGCCAUUGCCCGCCGCCGGCGUCGCUGGCACCAACGCCGCCGACGGCUCUGCCUCUGCGGCGGUUCAGAGCUGCGGCGAGGAGGACGACCAAGACGACGAGCAGGUGGAGAGGUUCUACGCGCUCCUCGCCAACAUCCGUGCCCUGAGGGGCUUGUACAGCGCCGGGACCGGACCAGCAGCUUCCGGCCGUGGCAGCAGGAAGCGGGCGCGGGAGGCGGAGGCGCCGUGGACGCCGGCGUUCCGGUUGGAGGACUUCGAGGAGGAGGUCAACCAGGGCGCGGCCGACGCGCGGUGCGCGGUGAUGAACCAGGGCGACAGUGGCGGCGGCGUUGCGAGGCGGCCCAUCGCGGCCAGGGCGAGACCCGCCGUGCCCGCAGCCGACGACGACCACGAGGAAGACCAAGUAGCGCGCGGUGGGAAUAAGCUCGGUCACCGCGUCGCAGCGCGCGGAUGA